AUGCCUCUUGGCACGUCCCACGAUCGCGCAGCUGCGCCUUCAGCAUCUGCAGCCCCUUCAUCUCGCAUUUCGGCGUCUCCCACACAGUCAAGAGGUUACGGUCACCGUCGAGGAAUGCCUCCUGCUACCUCCAUAUCUUCCAACCUGAGCAAUCUCACCGCUCGAUCCGCUUCCGCUUCACAUUUUAGUUCACCGCCACCACCAUCUUCCUUAUCACUCUCUAAAGCGUCCACCUCGGCUGCAUUGACAAGCACCGACGAGAGCGAUGACUUUCGGCGUUUCUUGGACGAGGCUCACGCCAAAGACAAUCUGCAACGUCGUAAUCAAACCAACAGGCCUGCCAAGCUUGCCGCGCCCGAAAGGGCGAACUGCAGACAAUCAGGGGCUACCGAGUCCUUGCGUAGAGUUGCCAGCUCUUCUACAAUCAACAGUGUCAGCAGCCAACGUGCUGGCAAUGCUAGCACAGAUCACAGUCCCCUUGCGAGCGGCAGAAUAAGAAAUGAAUCAACGUUUUCUUCUGCUGCUUCCAGGGCGCCACGUUCGGUCUCAAACUAUUCCGCAGUCACCUUUCGCAACCCUACAAGCCAGUUUUUGGAAAAUCUGUCGGUCGAGGCACAGACGCCCGAACUCGGUAUCGACGAUACUCCCAUCACCGGCCGAGCGGUCGACAACAGGAGUCACCUCACUGCAAUUGGUCAUGCAGCUCAGCUUCAGAGUCGCAGCGCUUCAGCCUCGCAUUCAUCCAAAAGCGUGACCAUCAGAUUCAAAGCUCCCUCAUCAACUUCUUCUAGAUUACACGGCACUUCUCCACAAUCUUGCGUCCCUACGCUGCAAAAGUCACCACAAGCAGCACCCACUAGCACGCCUCGCAUCACAUCGCCCACUGCGCUUUCGCCACGAAGCAGGCCACAGAGUUAUUUUCACACGCCACCUUCCGAGGCUUCUGGCAUUGUUUCACCGCGCAAACUUGGUGCCAUCGGUCUAGGACAUGGACUGCCGAAGUCGCCAGGAUGUCCACCCCUGCCAAACAAGCGCAGUGCCGACCAAAUGGAACGCAGCUCAUCAUUGCAGUCAAGCGUCAAGCUUCAAGAAGCGGCAAAAGAUCUCGAGGCUCCUGCCAUGCAGCACAGUCCGUGUCAGCCCGCGUCUCGCCGCAAGACUUGGUUUGGUCUUGCUUGGCCUUCUGAAACGCACCCUUCAGCCGAGUCAGACACUAGGGACGAACCCAUGCAAGCUGUGGAAGCAUUGCAGGAUCGACCUCCUCCUAUGAGCGAGGAGGAAGCUGCCUUUAGAAGGUCGCUCGGAUAUGACGAUGUCUUCGACCCUUCAGUCGAUAGUGAGCAUGUUGCGCACAACUCGUCUGACCUCAAGGCGUUUCCGGGAGGUCGCGAUUCAGAUGCCACCAUCAAAGCUGAGCCUUCGUCGGGGCAGAUCCCGGUCAGGGAGAGACGUGUAUCUUGGCUACCUUGGCGCAAUGUCACCCCGCUCACUACUGACGCCCCAGUCAGCUCGAUGGCCGAGACCCAGCUUGAUGGCUCUGGCCAGCAGCAGCAGCAACCACAGCAGCCACAGAAUGCUCAGCAGCAGAACAACGAGGUAUCGGAUUCGCCCGACCAAACCACUUUGCAAGCAAUAACGCAAGAGGCCCCGCCAGCCGUUGCCGAACAAGAACAGAACACCGUCACAUACAGGACUGUUGUCAAGCGAGGUUGGAUGGGCGCGCGCUAUGAAGUGCAAGAGCCUGUAUCCGGUUUGUGCGACGUGUCCGAUCCUCCAACGCAUCAGCCGCCGAUCCCGAUCUCGGAACAAGGUGCUGCUUCCACGACACAGGGCAACAACGAACCAAGCGCGGACCAACCUGAUCAGAACCAAGUCUCAAACGCACCGCAUGAACAAGCAGGUCCCUCUGAUGCUCAUGCAAGACAAACGAGUGCGACUUGGCGUUGGAGAUUCUGGUCCGGCUACGAAGACCGGCCAGAGGUCGAAGCGACGUCCUCUGCUCAGCAACUCCAAGUACCAGACACCUUGCCGGCCGCACAGCCCGAAAAUCCUGAAUUACAGCGUGGCCAAACCGAGCCAGUGGUGCCAAUGGACAUCGACCGUGACGACCAGACACCGGCAGCAACAACGGCCUCGGACGGAAACUCUUGGACGUAUUCUUCGUAUGUGGCCAGCUGGGUUCCCACUUGGGUCUACAAUGCGCAGCAGCAAGAAAGUGCGGUCCAAGCUAACGCUUUACCAGUCAAAGAGCCGACCAUCAAUGAGGAUGUGGCUGCAACUGGCAGGUCUGCGGAUGCAACCCCACGCACGCCCGCCGAGCAAGUCAAGGCGGACGCUCUCGCGCGCGAUACAACUGCCGCCGUCUUUGAUGCCAACAAGGCCAUCCUCAAUAGCUCGACACGCAGCGGCUGGGUCAAGUUUUUCGCCUCCCGAAGCGCCAAUUUGCCGCGAGAAGCGCCCGAGGCUAUCACGGAUGAUGAUGGGAUCGAGGUCAUGGACAUCAGUCAGAUAGAAGGCGCUCCUCGACCAGUCACAGCGCGCACUAUCGCACCGAGCAAUGCUGGACUCACACCAGACGUGGCUCGGGCGCCACGCGCCAGAGUGGCCACCGGUGGCAGCCUGGCAGGGUCUAAAGCCUCCUCGCUGGCUGGAGAUGCUGAGACCUUGCGUGCUGCUCCGCCCUUAUCGACGAGCAAGGAGAGCGUCAAGAAUCUCGGCAAGGCAGCUGUCACCAAAGCUGCCAACGUCAAGGCAGCUUCCUCGCUUGGGCUUGGAAAAGGCACGCGAUCUGAUGCCCCCCAGGCAUAUGCCGGUGAUGCAGGCAGCGGCUUGCAGCCGGCCAAGGAUGUCAGCAAGAACGUGGCACCCAGUGGAGCGGAGCGUUAUUCGUCAGGCGCUUCUACGCCGACACGAUCUGCUGCUGAUUCAGGGCCGAUCGUCCCGGCCAACUUGGUGCUGCCGUCGUUUGACGAUACGUUCACCAGAGCGCCAAGGAUGUGGCCACCCAAGGUCGGCGUGCUCGAGAGGACGCUGAGCGCUGUCAACAGCUACCUCUUCAGCAAGGUACCUGAUUUGGAGCGCAUGAAGCGGCCCACGCGGUUCUCAACGUAUGGAGAGCGCAACCUUGGAUCCAGCGCUUCGUCGUUCAAGAGCAACGCGGCCUCGUUCCAGGGUGGUAGACCAACCCAGCGGCUGGCAGGUAAAGCCAAAGCCACUGGAGCAGGCUCGAGCAAAGACAAAGGUGUCGAAACGGCGCUCAAAGAAGUGGCUGAAUCGGCACAGCGUCUGCCGCGCGCUUGGUCAACGGUCGGCAUGCACGAACGAGCGCAGACCAAGGGCACUGCUGGCAUUGGUAAGAUUGUGGUCAUCGGCGUACACGGCUGGUUCACGCAGAGCAUCUUUAAGAACAUGAUCGGCGAACCCACAGGUACGUCUGCCAAGUUUGCGGCGAUGCAGACCGAGUCGAUUCGGCGUCAUUUCCUGGAAGCUGGGUUGGAGCUCAACCCGGAAGCAAUUACGGCGAUUUCGCUGCAGGGAGACGGGAAGGUAGCCGAUCGCGUGGACCGGUUGUUCUCGGAACUGAUCAGCCGGCCGAAUUGGGUCAACGACCUGAAGAACGCGGAUGCGAUCUUCCUGUCGGCUCAUUCGCAGGGCGCCAUUGUGGCGACGCAGCUGUUGGCUCGGUUGAUCGAGCAACGCCAUGUUCGAGCGCAACACACGCGUGUCUGUCUGCUCGCCAUGUGCGGCAUCCACCACGGACCAUUUGCGCACCUGAAAUCGUCCAUCACCGCGAGCUACAUCAACUACUUUGAGACGGCAGCCGCGAAGGAGCUGUUCGAAUUCCAGUCUUCGUCGACAGCGGUCGCUAAGCAGUAUACAGCGGCACUCAAGAUCGUGCUAGAUGCCGGGGCCAAGUGCGUCUAUGUGGGGUCGACGGACGAUAACGUCGUGCCCAUCUACUCGGCGCUGAAUUCGAGCAACAACCAUCCGAGUAUUCUGAGGGCGCUGUACAUCGAUGGGCAGGCGUUUCCGAAGGUGGACUUUUUGACAAACUUGCUGGUGCUCUGCGUCGCGGUCAGGAAUGCCGGUUUGAGCGACCACAAUUUGUUGACGCUGCUGUCGGCGAGUGUGGCGGGAAGUUUGUAUGGCGGGCUGGGGCAUUCCAAGGUGUAUGAGGAGAGGGCGGUGUACGACUUGGCGACGAGAUAUUUGUUCGAGGUCACGCAUCCGUUGGCAGAGCCGACGUUUGUGCCGGGUGCCGCUGGGGCUUCGGCAGCGUCCACGCGGCGCGUGUCGAGCACAGAGGCGGAUACAGAGAAGGUGGUUCUGGUAUCGGAAGCGUUUGAGGCGCAGCGUUGGAAUCCGUACGAACUGCCGUGGUCGCUACGUGGACUGUUCGAGGACAAGCACGUAAGGAGUUUGUUUGCCGAAGACAUGCUCGAGCUGCUGCAGAGCUAUGACGAGUGGAAACCGGACGCUAAAAGCAAGGCGUUGAAGGAUCUCCAGUGGAGGCUCGCCCCCAUGCGUAGUAUCAAGCCGCCCGAGGUCGAGUUGGACGACGACUCCACACGCAACCAGAGCGCUAAGCCGAACAGCUCGAAGCUUUGA